AUGUCGACGAAGCGACCGGUUACCUUGCUGGGCACCGCGGCCUUCGGAGGCCGGGCGGACGCCGAGCAGAGUCUGGAGAUGGCCAAGAUCUUUCUGGACCGCGGACACAAAUGGCUCGAUACUGCAUUUAUGUACACGGACGGAAAGUCAGAGGCCAUCAUGGGGGGCAUGAACCUCCUCAAAACAGUCAGCAUUGCCACCAAGGCAAACCCGUGUCACGCUUUUGUUGCUCCCAUUUUUUCAAAAGACUUUGUGGGGAUGUACAAUGCGACAACCAGACAAGUUGAGACGGAGUUGCUGCCAUGCUUGAGGUACUUUGGGAUGAAGUUCUACGCGUACAACCCUCUCGCAGGUGGCCUUUUAACUGGCAAAUAUCACUAUGAAGACAAAGAUACCUCUCAACCGACAGGAAGAUUCUUUGGGAACAAUUGGGCUGCAGUGUACAGAGACAGGUACUGGAAGCAGAGUCACUUCCAAGCCCUAGAAGUGGUCCAAAAGGCCUUGGAGGGGGCAUACGGCCCGACGGCGCCUCCUCUGUUGUCUGCCGCCAUGCGCUGGAUGUACCACCACUCCCAGCUCAAGGGGGACCUCGGCGACGGCGUCAUCAUCGGCAUGUCCACAGCGGAGCAGCUCAGACAGAAUCUGGCUGCCGCGGAGGAAGGUCCUCUGGAUGAGAGGGUGGUGAAGGCUUUCGGGGACGCUUGGAACCUGGUGGCUCACGAGUGUCCCAACUAUUUCCGAUAGAUGACGCAGAAUGAAAAGUUGGGGAUGAUGGGCUCUCGGGUGAAAUUCGGAAAAUUGACCUCAAAUGCACGAGAAGCGUUUCACUUUGACCUUCUGUAAGUGGAUGCGCAUGUCCGACUGUUUAUUGUUUCCUGAAAGUAUUUUGGGGGGGGAUAAUUAUGGAAUGACCUUUGUAGGACUUCAUAAACGUUCCAACUCCUACUCUGAUCAAACCUAAUUUGAAUUUGCACACACAUUUUACUCCCUUCCCCCUUUAAUUCUCAUUUUGUUGUAAGAUAAAUUGUACAGCACACACAGUCUAUUUUUCUAAAAUGGAUGACACUUCAUUUUCAGAUUUUCACUGUGAAUUACUUGCUUAGUUGGUACGUUAUACAAAACAUUUCUCCAACCAAAUAAGUAAUCUUCUGAGCAAUAUUUCAGACCAGAGCUAAAGUCAACUUGAAAGAUGUCAGUCCAUGUAUUUUG